ACAGACCCAUGCUGACCGGACGAAUUGCCCCGUCGUCUCUUGGUAGCGACGGGCAUCCAACAAGACCGACCGAAUCGCGAUGGAGACCUGGGUCCGCGCCGCCGUGGAGGCCAUCCACUCGUCUCGAGCCCAAGCCGUCAUCUAUCUCGCCGGCGGCGCCUCCCAGGCGCUCGGUUGGCUCCUGUCCGUGCCCGGCGCUUCUGGCAGCGUCCUCGAGGUCGUCGUGCCCUACUCCAGGGCCUCCAUGGCGCAGCUGCUCGGCAAGUUGCCCCUGCAAUUCACAAGCAAGCAGGCCGCGGAGGACAUGGCACUGGCCGCGUUCAACCGUGCCCUGAAGCUUUCUGGGCCAGGUCUACAAGUAAUGGGUGUUGGAUUUACUGGGUCACUCGCUAGCGCACGCCCAAAACAUGGUGACCACAGGUUUUAUGUGUCAACGCGCACGCAAAAUUGCCUCAGGACAUCACAUGUAACAUUGUCGAAGGGUUUACGGAGCAGAGAGGAAGAAGACAAGGUCUCAAGCUGUUUUGUGCUUAAGGCAAUCGCAGAUGCAUGCAGAAUUUCUGCAACCAUUCAGUCAGACGUUCAAGAACCUGAAAUUCCAAAAGAAAGUGUGGAACAAUUUGAUGAAGACCAAGAGCUCCAGCAAGUUAUUGAUGGUCAAGUCUGCAUGAAAGUUUACCACUUUGCUGAUCCAACGGAAAAGAACUUCGACAGGAAACUAAUUCUACCUGGUUCAUUCAAUCCCUUGCAUGAUGGCCACCUUAGGUUGUUAGAAGUUGCAUCAAGCAUGUGUGAUGAUGGGUUUCCGUGCUUUGAGAUAUCAGCAAUAAAUGCGGACAAACCCCCCCUGUCUAUUGCAGAAAUUAAGCGCCGUGUCGAGCAAUUCAGAAAAGCAGGGAAGAAUGUGAUCAUAUCUAACCAACCGUACUUUUAUAAGAAAGCAGAACUUUUCCCAGGCAGUGCUUUUAUAAUUGGUGCAGACACUGCAGCUAGGCUUGUAAAUCCUAAGUAUUAUGGAGGUGACUACAACAGAAUGCUGGAGAUUCUUCUUGAAUGUAAAAGCACUGGCACAACAUUUCUGGUUGGUGGUCGAGAGAUUGAAGGAGUAUUCAAGGUCCUUGAAGAAUUAAAUAUUCCAACAGAGUUGAAGGACAUGUUUAUCUCUAUACCAGAGGAGAAGUUCCGCAUAGACAUUUCAUCUACUGAAUUAAGAAAAAAACAAGGGCUCUGAUGUCUCGAACACUUGGUCCUAUCCUACACCAGAUUCAAGAUGUUUUUCUCUUGGGCGAAGCUUUGCAAAUAGUCAUGGCAGUGUUUGAUUUCAUAGUUUUGCCAUGCAAAUAAUAACUGUUAUGUUUGUAUUAGUAAAGGCAAAAACACAUUCCAUUAGUACUACAGAUGUCAGAAGGCGAUGGUGGCCCUGUUAUUUUUUUCUUGAAAGCCAUGUAAUCUUUCUGUUUGUCUUUUUGGGUAUGCUGUUAUUGGACACUUUUCAUGUGUCAUACAUGUACAGACUCAUCGGUGUCACAGUGGAUACUGUUUUUGAGAUUAUAGCAUCAGAGGUAUUCUCACA